AUGACAGAUAUUGCCUUUGAACACUUUGACCCGGAAAUAGAGCUAUGCAACGUUGACGAAAAUGGUCGCCCUAUUCGUCCUCGGAAAAAGCCUGGCCGCAAACCAAAUCCACCCUCACCAGCUCAACGAAAGGCACAGAAUCGGGCAGCUCAACGGGCAUUUCGUGAACGCAAACGACGAGAAAUGCGUGAAGCUGAAGCCAAUGUCAAACGAGCAUUGUAUGCACGCGAUCAAGCAGUACGAGAAGCCAACAAAUUACGACGUCGAGUUAAGGAUCUCGAGUAUGAGAACAAACACUUGAAAGGCUUCAUGCUGACACUGAAGCUUGCUUGUCAUGCUCAUCGAGUGGAUGUACCGAACUAUUCAGACUCUGGUGCACGUGAUGAACUUGGCAAUGAAAAGAUGAUGGAAUCCAGCUCCAAUGUUAUGCCACAGAACCUUGAAUUCUUUUUGGAUCGACAUUCUCAUAUCGUCAGUCUACAAGAUGAGAGUUUACCAAAGAGCAUUGAUCCACAAUCACCUGGCAGCAUGAAUAAUGCAUCGACACCAUCAUCAUCCAAUUACAGUAUCAGCACUGCUCACAACACACAAUCCUCCACGCUCGAACAAUUCCUUCUUUCUCCACCACAGCAUGAAAAGUCGAUGCCCGGCAGCUUUGAUUUUGGAUCAGAAGAUCCAAGUUCUUCAUCGGAGCCUUUACCACCCUUAGAUCUCACUCAGACAGCCACAGCUCUCCUUCCUCAAUUACAAUCCAUCAACAAUACCACAAGUCAACUAAGUCAAAUCGAUCCAAGCAUCUUCCAAGGAUUGAUGCAAACAGAACUCGUAUCGGGCUUCAUUGAUCAAAUCACUCGCCCUGAAUUCACCAUCGAUCAAACACCUCCAGAAUUAGCAGCUCUCCUUCCACCCGAAUGGCGUACUUCUUUACAUGAUUACAGCAUAAGAACUCGUAGCACCGACAAAGGAGACGACGACAAUGAUGAUGAUCACAAUGAACCCACCAUCAAAGCUGAAACCAUCGAGACCAACAACGACCAUCAUAUGCCUGAUUUGUGGAACUCUCAUCAACAACAGGAAUCAUCGUCAUCAUCAUCAUCACCCACCAAACCACGCUAUACAGUGGGUCCUAGUGGAGAACGAAUUUAUCCCCCCAUGACACCCCUUGAGUAUUUGGAUGAAAUGCGUACGAUUCAACGCACUGACAAGAAAACCUGGGCAUUUUUCGAGCCAACUGAAUUACAACGCAACGUACCUCAUGAUAUCCGUAUUGAUGUGAUCCCUGGUGCCAUGAUGCGUGAUCAAAUGAUCCUUUUCCAAGAUUAUUACGAUGGCAACGAGUUAUUCAAUUUCUUAUUCAACACGGCCAUGUUCAUGGGUGGCUCACCUGGCAACCAAGAUCAUUGGUUUGUACCACCAAGCUUUUUACGCAAAUACUGGUUCCUUGUUCCCAAUCAGAAACCACCCUUGCGUAUGGAUAAUAGCGUGGAAAUCGUCGUCUAUCUUGGCAGCCGAUUACAAGAUGCAUUGCAACUACGUAAACAAAUGUACUAUGAGCGCGAACGAUACAUUGAACAUUUCCCACCCCCUGGUGCCUAUGAUGUUGCCGCUGCUGCUUCACCUUCACCUUCCUCAUGUGCUGAUCAAUCCGCCAUGCAAAUCGAAGACGAAUCAUCGGAUCAUCAACACCACCAACAACACCAACACGAUCAGUUGAGUGAUGAUAGUAGAGGAGACAACAACAACGAUGUCACAUUUACAUCACCGAUAAGAGAUGACAUGCCAAUAGACAUGAUCAUGAAUGUAAUGGAAACCAUGCCACGAUUGACAUCGCCACUUCCUUUCGAAUGA